AUGUCUACCAAUAACUCCCAGUUACUAGAUUCUCACGAAUCAAGCCCAGGAUCCUACACCCCAGAAGAUAGCGGAAGCGAAGAUACAAGCGAUACCGGUGUGCCGAAUCCCGCAGUUCUCGAUACACUUUCUCAGCUUCGUGCUCAAAAUGCAGAGCUCCAGGACAAAAACACCGAGCUUCGAGAUCAGAACACCCUGUGCCGCAUUCGACAUGCUCAGCUGCAAGCUCAAGUCGAAAAGCACGUCGCCAUUUCGCAAAUGCGAGAUCAACUUGCGCAGCCCGUCAAACAGGUCAACCAGGAGUGCCGAUGGCAUUUUUGGAUUAUUUGCGCCUUGAUUGUGUAUGAAUUUUUGGGGGCUGCAGGGGAGGGAAGUGUGCUGUUAAGAUUUCUUGUCUGUUUUAUCAAAAACGAAAUGUUUAAUCUAAGCAGAAAACAUGCUGUCAUCCUGUCGUUCGGACUGGGAAUAUCCUCUACUGUUGCUUCGAAAUUCAUUCUCACUCGUGUCUCUACUCGCGACUUGUCUGAAAGUGCCCUUGAGAGAGGGAGAAAAAGGAUCAAGGAUAACGCAGGUGGCAAGCAUCAAAAAGGCUCUUCAGGAAGCCACAGCACUGAAUUGACGAUCCGCCAACAUCAAAGCCUGGGUAUAUCUUGUACAUGCUCACCAGUCGCUUCCGAAAUAAUCAGUCCUCAAGAACUAAAAGUGAUCAUGUCAGUAUUUGAAGAGGCGGACGCAAACGAUUGUAUGGGAUCUCAACAAGAUGUAACCCGAGACAAGAUAAUCGAAAGGUUCCGUUUGGGUGUCGAGAAAUUAUCGUGUAAGACACUCAGAGAGAUUGAUGAAAGCAUCAUUGAGAAAACCUGUCAGAAGAACGGAGCACGAAUAACCGAGGAUUAUGUACAUCGUGGAACGUCCUGCACUAGCUGGUCUAAUCUACUUCAUAACCACUCAUUGAGCCCAAUUUUGGCAGUGGAAUUUUACCAUACUUCUACUGGCGCACUGUUGAUCCUUGCGGCCGAGGGCUCUUUUCUAAAGAUAUAUGAUGUCAAAACUUCCAGCCAGAUUGGUCAAUGUAGAGUCUUUGACUCACAGGCGAUCCACGGUAUCAUUAUUAGAGAAUUGGAUGGUGAUUCUGCAGGUGAUCUACAGGUAGUUGUUUGGGGUGGCCAAUGUUUGACCUUAAUCCGCAAAUCGCAAAUUGAGGAAAUCAUAUCUCAACAUGUGACCAGUAUUACGGAAACUGCGACAUCAGCCAGUGACUGGGUUCUCAGUGUUGCCUUUUGUCCUUGGGAAAAUGAUGGCUGUGUCAUGGUUACUGCUCACAAUGCAAUGGUUCAAGCAACGUUAUCAAAAGAAGACGGAACCAUAAGAUUGCGUCAACUACAACCUUCUUCACGAUCUAUGUUGUACUCUGCAAGUCUCGUUUGCGAGAACAAAAACACUGUCAUAGUUGCAGCAGGAACUAUUUUCGGUGAGGUCAUUGUUUGGAAAUGUGUUGCUGCUGAAGAUAACUCUACAUUCCACAAUGAAGCCCUCUUCGUUUUCACUGGUCAUGAGGGUUCCAUUUUUGGAGUGGAUAUAUCUCCACUGAUCAUGGGCUAUGAUGGAAAGACCACACGAUUACUAGCGAGCUGUAGCGACGAUCGUACAAUACGGAUAUGGAAUCUUGCGGAGGGCUCACAAAAUGAUGCAGAUGCUAUGAAGUUAGCUGCCGACUUAUUGCCAAGAGAGACAGGCUUUGGAGAGACAGCAAAACCCCAGCAAGACUCCAAGGGCUUCAACCGAUGUAUUGCGGUAACAAUGGGUCAUGCGUCUCGUAUAUGGGGUGUCAAAUUUCACUGUCCUGAUAUAUCAACAUUCGGCACCUCGCCAAUCACUAUUCUUUCUUUUGGGGAAGAUUCAACAGCGCAACAAUGGACACUGGAACUUGGGAGCGAGCUUCAAAAUGGAAGCAAAACCUCUGAUGCUUCCAAACCUAGCUCAAAUAAUCUUGCCAAGUUAACACAUAUCAAAACUUUUGCAUUCCAUACCGGAAAGCACAUUUGGUCAGCAGCUAUAAGUCAAAUAGAAAACAAUCAAAAUUUGCUUGUCACUGGUGGAGCAGAUGGAAAGAUUUCAACAUAUUGCUUUGAAGAGGAAAGAAACACAAAUCCAACUCCUAUCACUGCGUCGAGCAAUAAUGCCGUGGAAGACUCUGCAAUAAUUAAUUCUGUCGAAGGCUCAUAUCACUCGGUAGCUUUUGAGCUCGAAGAUGUGUUGAAGUCUCUCAAUUCAACGGAAUUCUGUUACAAGGAGGAACCAGACCAAGAAUCCGCCGGAUCGAAAAAGAACAAGAAGGCGCCCAAAGAUGCUUUCAAUCGCUAUGCAUUCGUAUCUGAAAGUGAUUUCCUGAUCACGACAACAUUUGGAAAAAUUCUGAAAGCGACUGUUGGAAAUCCGGUCAAGUUCAAGGAGCUUUCCCUACCCGAAUCCAGUACUCAAGAUCUUAAAUCAUAUUCUAUUUUGAAGGGAAACUCAAAUCUCGGAUUAUGUGUUUUGGCGGGUACUAACGGGAAGAUAUUCUCGUAUCAACCAGGACUGCCCAUCAUUCAAAUUGGACAAGUUGAGCGAAAACCAUCUGAUGUAUUUGUUGUCCCAGGAAAUGAUAAUCAAUCAGUUGAAUUAUUAGUUACAUUAUUAGGAUCUGAAGACUUGACAAUAUUCUCUUUCAAUCUGGAAUCUCCUGGCUCGCGACCUAUUGUCGACAGAAGGACUCUCUCAUUGCCCCCGAAGUUUAUAGUCACAGGUGCUGGUACAUGCAAUGGCCAUCUCAUCAUUGGCUCUAGAGAAGGCCAAAUUGCAGUACACGACACGAAAACCAAUACUAUGAGUACCUGGAACUCGCCUGGUAAAAAGGAUGCCAUUACUUCCAUUGUUGCUGUACCCAGGACAGAUUCUCAGCAAAUCACAAGCUAUUUCGCAAUCACAAGUCGAGAUGGGUUGUAUGCCAUAUUUUCAUACAACGAUGAAGCUACGCCAAAAAUUUCACGCGUACAUUCUGCUGCACCACCAUUUGGACCCAUGAUUGAAGCUUGUUGGUUUCAAGGUUCCGAUCUAAUUCUGUAUGGAUUCAAAAGCAAGAGUCUCAUCGUAUGGAACGAGACAAAACAAUCUGAGAUCAUGCGUAUUGACUGCGGAGGUGCACAUCGAGCUCAUGCAUAUUCCCCACUUGAAGGGGCUCAAGGAGGUGGUAGUGGUCACUUGAUAUAUACAAAAGCAUCACAACUAUUCCUGCACUCUCAAAAAGUUCCUUCUCAUCGCACCAUCAAAUUCGGCGGCCACGGGCGAGAAAUAAAAACUUGUGCUAUAGGAGGCUCACCACAAAUGAUAGCCACCGGUGCCGAAGACACCAAUAUCAGAAUCUGGCGUUACGAAAGCACCCAUCCCCAGACCCAGGAUCAAAACCCCAACUCACAAACCCUCACUUGUCUCUCCACAAUCCAAAAACACACAGCAGGUCUCCAACACCUUCACUGGCACAACUCGCACUAUCUCUUCAGCAGCGGCGGGGUCGAAGAAUUCUACAUCUGGCGCAUCCAAUCAAUCCCUGGCUUUGGUCUCGGAGUCCUAUGCGAAGCUUCUUGCCCCGAUUCUACUGCUGAACAGGAUCUACGCAUUAUGUCUUUUGACGUAUCUGAUAUUCCCGGAAGUGAGCAGGAAGAAAUGAUCAUCACGCUCGCGUAUUCGGAUUCGACUAUGCGUACUUAUCUUUACUCGAGAAUCCGUGGAUGGAAAUUACUAGUUAGAGGUCAAUAUACAUCUGCAUGUUUAAUGCAAAUAGGCCAUCUGCAAGUUUCUCGCUCGGAACUCACCUUCCUAACUGCGGCUACGGAUGGAAGUCUCUGUAUCUGGAGUGCUCCUCUCCAUCUUCAUCAAACUCAAGAGCAAAAUCAACCUCAAAACAUAGCAGAGACCUCGGCUUCGCCCCCACAAAUCUCCGAACCCAUCCUCAUCUCCCACACCAAAAUCCAUCAAAACGCCAUCAAAACCCUCGCCUUCAAAUACACCUCUCCUUCCACUUCUAGCACCACCCCUCCAUAUCUCGUAGUCAUCACCGGCGGCGACGAUAACGCAAUCGGUGUAACGCUCUAUCCCAUCUCCAUCUCCUCGUCUGGCCUCAAUACAAAGCCCAAUACUUUCCAGAACCUAAUCACCAUACUCAUCCCCGAUGCACACGCGGCCGCUGUUACAGGCUUAGUAUUUAUCCCAGAUCCUCAUCUUUGUUCUGCAGAUACUACAAAUAGUCCAGAGCAUAAGAAGAAAGAGGAAAUGUACAUCGUAUCCUCCAGUACCGAUCAGCGGGUAAAGACGUGGCGGGUUGGGAUUUCUUCUUCUCUCGCAGCUAUAUCUACAGCAGUCGAGACAAAAGAAGAAGAAAAAUGUCCGGUAGACAUCGAGAUGAUUGGGGAUGAAUUUACGGCGGUGAGUGAUAUCGGGGAUGUGGGUUUAAUUCCUGGGGUUGAUGGGAAUGAGAAUGAGGCCAAAGCGAUUAUUGUAGGGAAUGGAAUGGAGAUAUGGGGAUAUGGGGAGACGAGGUAA